CCGUGGUCGCAUGCCGCCACUGCUUAGAGAGGCACGAGAAGGAGGCGUGUGUGUGGCGUGUAGUGACAUCAGCUGUUCUCAAGGAUCGUUGCGUCCCUAAACAACAACGUCCCCAUUCACCAGAGACUGCGAGUAUCUGCUUUGGUAGACGAGAAAAGAUGGAGGAGUGUGUGUGGCGUGUGGGGGCAUAAGAUAUUCACAAGGGACUACUAGGAUCUACUUACCUACAAAUGACACGUGCCACUCAGACCAUUGGCUCCCCAUCGCCUCUUCAUUAGUUCCUCGCGUUGGGAAAGAGGAGGAAGAGGAGGAGGGGGAGGAGGAGGAGGAGGAAGAGGAAGAGGAAGGAUAUCAUGUCCUCAGGGUUGAUGGUCAUCAGUGAGGUCGUUAGCUGGGAAUGGGUGCGAGUGGUGCGCAUGCGUCGAGUGUACUGCGGCAGAAGAGGAGGAGGAGACCAGUUGCCGGUGACGAGGGACGACGAGAAGCGCGUGAGGACGUGUGGUGUUUUUCCUUCGUCAGGUAGCUCGUUGGGAGAUCCUUCUGCUACGCCCUGUAAGUAUCUAUUCGUCGCCGCUCCACACACCCCGCCGAGCCUCGCCUUGCCGGUGUGGUUGGCGGGGAUGCGGGUGUGUUCAUGUCACCAGUCGCCGCCUUACUGCCAGCUGCUCAGUGGUACUCCUGGCGAGGCGUUCAAGUAAUGUGAAGUCGUAGACCGAGAUCUGCUUUACCGACUUAGCUGAGGAAGACAUCUUGCAGCACCAUCAGCAGUGAUGCGUCGUCUUUCCUCUCAGGCUUCAUAGUAAAAUCGAAUAGCUUUUUUUUUUUCUGGUUUUUCUUGCUCGAUCAAAAAAGUACACACAAUUCAUUAUUUAUUCUAAUGUUUAAGGCAGCGAUUCACAACUGUCUUUUAAGACGGUCCCUUUUAGCUUCUCUAACAGACCUGCAUCCCCCCCCUCCCUCCACCUCACACAUAAUUUUGUGACGAGUCAGUAUGGUUAGUGUCAUUAACAUAAGGGUAGCUGAAUAGAAAACGCAUUGGGAUUACCGACAGAAGCUGCAAGAAGCUAGCAGGCCUACUACACACGGCAAUCCCCGUAUCUUUUCACGCCUGAAAAGUCCUGUUUACACAUUUUGUAGUUCUUGAAUUAAAAAAACUGACUGUUGAAUAAAAAAAUCUGACUGGAGAUGUACAAGAAAAUUUGACACUUCAUAAACUUGGCUUCUGUUUUGAGUAAGUAUUGAGCAUAAUUUGUGCGUAAUCAAUAUAAUUUUAUAAAACUUUAAAACUUUUUAGCAAGUUCAGGUAACAACGAGGAGAGAACCUGCAGCACGCCGUCACGUCGUUCCCCUGCCUGCAGCUCUCUCUCAUCGGAUUCAUGUGGUGCCUGAUUCGCAUCUACUUGCUUGGCACACGUAGAUACAGAGUGCUCGCAUUCACUGAUGCCUAAUGAGAGCAUGCGUGGCAUUAAUCCUGGCGGAACAGCUAACAGGAAUCAAGGAAAUAAAACUUGCUGCCUUCGACUAUUUUUAGUCAAAAGUCAAUCUUAUUUUGUGAACCCUUAACCGUGGCGAAGUGAGAAACUGUCGUGCUUAGUGGAAACGGAGCUUACCUUUCGGGGAUUGAGACCUCCUCGUAGGUGUUGAUACUGGCGAGAUUUCGUGACGAGGCUUCUUAGCUGUCCCACGGUGGCAAAUGAAGUUGUUGUUGGUUCUACAAUAUUUGAUAUAAAAGAGUAAUUUGGUAGGAAUUUGAUCUGGCUGGAAGCUGGGGAAAAAAGUAAAAUCAAACUCAGAAGGAGCAACUCGCACACAAAGGGCCCUGUAAAUGUAGCGCUCACAUACUUAUAGUUCACCGCUGCACAUACAGGAGGGGACCUACGUGCAAGUUGCUGGUGCUUUUUUUUUUUUUUUUGCAACUUCCAGCUAGGUGUGGCGAUCAAACAUUUCUAUUUUUCGUAAAAUUCUCUUCUUGCAUAUCAGUACUGGAGAACAAACACGGCUGAUUUGCCACCGUGGGUCAACUUAGAGGCCCCGGGCAAGAAAUCUCAGCGGUAUCGACGCGAGGUUCUUUCAAUACAGAAAAGUAAGUGUUCAAUAUAGAGAAGUGCAGUACAUAAGAAAAAUCUCGCACUUCCGUGCACCACCACUCUGUUGGAGACACUGAUAUUGAUGCAAAAAUAAAUUAUGAAUUUUUAUAAA